AUGGCGGCGCAGGGGGAGGACCCGCUGGGCUAUUUCGCGGCCUACGGCAGCUCCAGCUCCGACUCGGAGCCCGACGAGCCCCAGCCCGACGAGCGCCCCGCGGGGGCCGGCGCGUCCGCGGGGGGCAGCCCGGGGCGGCCGCGGCUGCCGCCGCCCGACGAGCUCUUCCGCCGGGUGUCGCAGCCGCCCGCCUUCCUCUACAACCCGCUCAACAAGGAGAUCGACUGGGAGAGCCGCGUCCUGCGGGCGCCCGAGGAGCCCCCCAGGGAGUUCAAGGUGUGGAGGAGCAACGCCGUGCCCCCGCCGGAGACCUACAGCCCGCCCGAGAAGCCGCCGCCGCCGGCGCCCGCCGUCGACAUGGCCAUCAAGUGGUCCAACAUCUACGAAGACAACGGCGACGACGCUCCCCGGCCGGCCGGCAAGGCCAAGUUCCUGCCGGACGAGGAGCAGGAGCCCCUGGAAUCGGAUGGUGAAAAAGAUGAUGAACCAGCUUCUGCUAAGAAACGUAAAGUAGACUCUGGAGAGCAGGCAAAGAAGAAGAAGAAGAAGGUAAUAUUCCUGGAAGCUCAGAGGAACUCCUGCAGGACUGGCUCACGGUCCCUGUGCCAGAGCCUGGUGUCAUCUCUGCCACCAGCUGGGCAGUCUGUUAGGCUGGGCAGGAAGAGAUGCCACCAAGGACUAUGUGCCAUAGUUUGUGCAGCCACUGAAGACUAGCAGGACAUCACACCAAUACAUCACAUGAGGCAUGAUGAGAUAGAAUAGCUGACUAAUAUUUGGGUUAAAUAUUUGGAAAUUCUUCCUGACCACAUGACUGGUGAGGCUGUUGGAAUAAUAGAAGGACCGUACCAUAUAACUUGAGGUAUUUAAACCGAGAUUGAUUUGAAUAUGAGCAAAUGGAGGAGACAUGAUUAAGGGAGCACAAAUGAGAAUCUAUCUUUUCACCUCCAUUUUCUUGGGUUCUGUUCUGUCUCCCAGGAGUGACUGAAUGUUGUGAUGGACAUUAAUAAUUCAAAGAAGCUUGACCAUGCCACCUUCAUGUCAGCUGCUGUCCUUUUGUCGUUCCUUGUUAUGACAGAAGUGGGUGAGUGCUGGUAGCAAGCUGUCAGCAGAUGGUAGGCAGCAACUCUGGCAAGUUUGCAAAUGAGGUACUUUCCCCGCUGCAGCCAGCAGGAUCAACUAUUAAUCUCCUUGCUACACUGCUCUUUACAAGUCAAGAAAGCUCAUCAGGUCAAAACACGUAGUCCAUACUGGCUGCAUGGAAAACUUUUUUCUCUGAUGAAACACAGUUUUAUUGAUAGGUGAACUCCAGGACAUGGAAAAAAACCUCCAUGAUUCCUUACCAUUGACUUCUCUGAUUGCUCCAUUUGAAGCACACACAAUGGAGAGAAAGAAGAGGAUAUUUCACAUGAAAUUCCACAGAUCUCUCAGCAACCUGAGUUGAUAUCCUAUGUUUCUCUGGCUUUUCUUCCCCCCAGUUUAUUUGGCUUUGUAACAUACAGGAUAACUACAGUGAAAUGAUCAUAUAUGCAUACAUAUAAAUUUUUUGAGGUAUAAAAUUAUUUAGCUUAUGUGAAAGAGAAAAAUAGACUACGUCCUUUUACCUUGUGAAAGUCGUGGCAGAUUUUGCCUACAAAAACAUCUGUUGCUUAAAAUUUAAGAUUACAAGAACACAUUUUUAAGGCAUCCUUGUGAUUAUCUUAAGUACUUUGAGCACAGCACACACUAUAUGCAAUUCUGAAAAAGGAUCAGUCUUCCCAUUUAAGGACUUUUCCACUUCUCUUUCUAAAUACUGCUUUCCUGUUACCACACUUGGAAGUCCUCUAUAUUUGACUCUGACUUGAAACUCAGAAUUUUGAGAUUGAUGAUUUAAAAAAAAAAAUUUGCUAUUUUUAAUGGUAAAAAUGGAAGAAAGGAACUUUAAGAAAGUGGAUUCCCCUAAGAAGGUGCUCAUCAAAUGUAUUCCCCCAUUCUGGCAUUUUGUUGGCUGAUAGUAGGUAAUUGGAAGUCAUUCAAGAUAUCCUUAGAGUGUUGUAAGUUUUGCAGGAUUUUUAAUAAAUAAAUUUUGCAUAUGCAGCAGGUUUUAGGGCCCUGUGCUUAAUGGGAUUUAUGGUAGAUGUACUUUGCAACAGACCAGAGGUGGACAUAGGUGAGAGCUCUGCUUCUCCCCUGUCCUCCUGGGGCAGUCCUGGCCUAAAGAUAUGGGACAAAAUAGACAGAGAAAUGCUUAUGUAGUGAUUUCAUUUCCUUUACGGAGAAUCUCCUGAUGUUUUGAGCAAAAGUUUGAAUGUAUUUUUCUUUUGACCAAAUAUACUACAUUAUCUGUUGGUGUUUUCUUUCAAUUCAACCAAGGUUGAGUGCCACCAAUCUGCUGGUUUUGUCUCCAUGUUAGAAGAAGUUAAUGGUGAUGAUGGUUGUGAUACUGACUAUUUUUACU